GUUGUGUUGUGUGGCGCUGCGAAGAGUGAGCGAGAGGAAUCGGAAGAAGGAGUUCGCCAUACUUGACUUGGUUUCCCAGAACUGCUUCAGAACAGCACCCUUUCAAAUCGAAGCCCCUUUUCACCACUUUUUGCUCUGCUUGAAUAUCGUAUGUCCAGGUGAGCGACUACUUCAAACGAAAACCUUGGCAGUGAUCUGUGAGGAUCUUGCUUUGCAAAUACAUUUCUCGUCGCCACGUGUGUCGGAUGUAAAGGAAAUUCUGGAUUAUUUCUUGUAUAAUAAUUCCUGGAAGUAACUAGUGUAACUCCAAGUCAAUCUGUUUUCUUGUUUACUAGUUCUGGUUUGGUUUGUGUGGUGUUUCUGGUGCUUCACGUCAUAAAAAGCGACUUUAAAGACACCGAUAGUUAGCCAUUAUCAGCGCCCUCUUUUUAACUGGUGUUGGUUGAAUCGCUCCUUCCUGCCAGUCAACUUUUCGUGUGAAGAGCAAAUUUUGUGAGGAGGAAACCUCGCAGCAAAGGAGUUCUAGUGACGCUUUCUCGAAACUUGUCUACUGGAUUGGUUUUUGAGCCGUAUGAGUUCAGCUAAAACCAAGAAUUCCGCUGAAAGUAUAGUCAGUACAACACCAGACGACGUGGUAGGUAUUCUUUAAAUUUUGUAGACAUUUCGAAAGUGAUGUUUUUAAAAUCAUAUUUUUAGCGCAGCUUUUCUGAUAAACCCUUUUCUUGAUCUUAGAUGGGUGUUCCGGGAAAUUAAUGGCAUGACAAACGGCUCUAUUUAAUAAUAUUUUGAGAGAUCUCUUGUUCAAUAUGGCUAGCAAGGCAAAUCUUUGUAAAGCACAUAAUACCUGCAUAUGCUUGUUCUCCACAGUUCAUGUUAAAUAUUACUCACAGUCAUAGAAUUAAGACGUUAGAAUCCUCUAUUUAAGAUUCUUCGGCGCAGCCUUAUCAGUUAAGCUCUUUUGUACUGGCCAUAUUGCCUUGGACAAGCCAUUUUGUACUUUGUUUUCUCCAAAGUGUACUGUUGCUUCAAACGUUACCUACAAUAUUUCGUCACACGAAAAUUUCUCUCGGUUUUCGUUUCCUUACAACCGUGGUUUGGGCUUAGAGAGGAAAGCCAUUCAGUCCUGAACUUCCGGAAAAAAACUUGGAAGAAACCCUUUAUAUUUUUAGUUGCAUAAUAUAGCCCGAUUUCUUCGAAGUAAGUCGAUCGAGAAUAGCAAACGAGCUGUGAUCUCUUUAUAGGAUCGUAAGACCAGAAUAUUAUCAGUUUUGUCGCGCAUAAAUAAGGUUUUUUUCGUAUCAUCCUCCUUAAAGGCGCUUGUGUUAUUUUUAGCCAUGUUUAAUUGAAGAUUUGAUAUUUUCCUUCCUUUUUUAAUGCCGGAACAUUACUCAAGCUGCGAAUCUGAACGUAAAUCGUUGUUUUGUGUUACGUUUUUUUGAGUUUGUUUGUUUGUUGGAGUCCAUAGAUUGUCCUCGCAACAAGAACACAACUCGCUCUUUAUUUGUGAUUAAUCUUGAAUUGAGUACAAUUUUAUUCCAUGAAGAGUAACGAGAAAAUAUUUCUGGUACGUUGAGUUUGUAGCAGUUAACUUAAAAGUCGUUAACCGUUUUGAUACAAAUAUUUUCUGAAUGUGAACCUCUACUCGACCUUUGGUGGGAGGGUUUCUUUUAUUGUGAGCCCAAAUUCGACCGUGUGAGCUGUUUAUUUGCGCUGCAGAUGUUUUUGUAAGGAUGAGUUUAUUGGGGAGUACUUUGAAGGAUUUUUUAUUUAAAACGCUCCUCAUCUACUUAAAAAUAGUCUGAAAUGUCUGUUAUAAUAGUGAUACAUUUAUUGUUGGGUAACAGGAUUUCCUAUACUUUGAGGUACAAUUUUCUAAUCUAGAAAACUCUGUUCUUCCUACGGCUGAUAUAUUCAUAAAAUUUCUUUUCUAGGUUGGCCAGUCAAAUGCCAAAGGGUCUCUGAACCCUAAUGCUGCUGUCUUUGAUUGUUUAAGGUGUGAUGUUUAAAUCAAGUUAGAAAACACAUCUUUUGGUUUCUUGUUUUUGUCAUGGCUUUAAUGAGUAAUUUGUGAUAAUUUGAAAACAAAAGAUUAUCACUUGUGAUUGUAGUUUUUAUAGCUGGUUAACUUUUUUUAGUCAUGUCAUACAUGUAUAAAUAUCUUAGUUUUGACAUACUUUUAUAAUUAUCCAUCAUAUAUAGAAGCCUUUGUUGUACAACUUUGUUACUAGGUUUUCUGCACAAAAAUUUUGCUAUGGAUUAAUUUGUUUAUCUUAAGAUAAAUGUUAUAAGGACAUAAAUUUACACCCUCAGUGAGGACAUGCAACAUAAUUAACUCUCGUGUGUGGAUUGGUGUGAAGUUUCUCUGUUCCUCAAGCAAAAAUUUAAUAAGCAAGUAUGAAAAGUUCUGUCAGGUUAGCAAUAAUGCAACCAAAUUGCUACGCCAGGUUAUGUCUCAUCUAUAAUCACAAAAUUAUAUUGAUGUUGUGGUUCAAUUUUAUCCUUGGUUUAAAUUUUAUUUUCCUUUGUUUCAUACUCAUUAUCAUACAUUACCAUACCCAAAAACAAAGAGAAAUAAAAUUUAAACCAAGGAUAAAAUUGAACCACAACAUAGAUGCAGACUGUGAUCAAAGUCUUCUUUUGGAACAACAAGCCUGCAAAUAACGGCCAGUCAUCGGUCAAAUGACCAACAAAUUUCAGAUUUUGACGGGCAAAAGCUUGGCUUGGUCUGUCGCUCUCUCUUCCUUUUUUCCUUUUUUUGACCUACCAGACUGGUGUCUUGACCCACAAAACCUGGUCCUUGUGCGGUCAAAUGAUCACCCUAUAUCUAAAAGUUAUUUGCGGGCUUGGAACAAUGUAUUAAAAAAUAACAUAAAUGCAUGCAUGUAUAUUUUAAAUUGCACGUGAGAAUGAGGGCUUGAAUUAAUGGCUGUCGACAGACAAUGCCCAGUCAAAAGUAGGAGUUGUUCCAUACUACCACACUAGACUGUGGGAAAGAAAGCAUUAAGAUGGAAUCCACCCGGAAAUUGAGUAACUUUAAUUUUCAGUGUACAAAAACCUUGUACCAGAAUAAUUUAAAGAAUAUUGCAUUCUUUUUUAUAUUUUUCAAGGGCUAAAGAUGUAAUUAGUCAUCUGUAAUAACACUAAAGAAAAUUUCUUAUGAGUACCCAAGAAAAUGAAUGUCAAAUUUCACAAAAUUACAUCUUACACAUGAAAUGUUCAAAAUUUUACCUGUGUUUUCACAAUUCUUGUGAAAUUUGACCUUCCAGUUCUCGGGCUACCGUAAGAAAUUUUCUUUGGUGUUACUACAGAUGACUAAUUACAUGUUUAGCCCUUAAAAAAUUUUAAAAAGAAUGCAAUAUGCUUUAAAUUAUUCUGUUACAAGCCUUUUGUUCACUCCAAAUUAAAAUUACUCGAUUUCCUGGUGGAUUGCGUCAUAAUUAUAUUCCAUGAAUUUCUUCUUGAGCUAUUGCUUUACCAAUUUUUAAUGGCCAAAAAAUGGGUUGUAUCCAAGCAAAAGCAAGUUUGAUUGGACAGCAUGAUUGUCACUUAGCAGUUAGUUAUUUCAAUCCCUGUGUAUUGGAAUACUGCUUUUCUGUUUCUGUAGUUUUUGUCACUGGCUAUUUUAGAGUUAAGUCCCUGUAAUUUGCUUUGUGGUUUAGACAUCGGUGUAUUUACAUAUAAUAUAGAAUUGAUUUAGUGGUGAACUUCCUAAGUAUUCCCUGCUUUAAAAACCAGAAGGAAACUGGAGCCAGAAUGUGUGCCAGUUGUUUCUGGUAUUAUUACUGGGGAUGUGCUAGUCAGCUUUUGACCAAUGUUUUUUUCCAUCCUUAGUGACAGUCCCAGAAUUCUUUGCAAAAGUUCACUUGGCUUAGUCUCCCUCUUGUUUUUAAAGUGGCAAAUUGUUGAUGAAUUAUUUUUUGUUCUAGUCACAUGACACUUUCUGAUGGUACAGAUGGUUCAGUUGUUACCCUUGUCACUCCUCCAGUGACUCCCCCUGAUCAAUGGCCCGAGACUGCUCCUUCUAACGAGCUGCACAAUAUGCAGUACAGUCCUAAUGCAGCAAUGAAUGGUUAUGGUCCUUAUAGUAACCCAGUAACCCCAGAAGUCAUGCCUGUUCCUUCGGAAUUGUCGCCUGAUAAGCUUCCUAUUGAAGAAUUGAAAGUUCUUCUUAGACAUCAGUUGGAGUUCUACUUUUCCAGGUAAUUAAUUUGCAAGAACAUGUAAACAAACUUAAGGAACAUUAUUUUACUUCCAUAUUUACCUUCAACUGAGAACAUCUUAGAGUCACAAGGGAGGAUGGGUUUAGAUAUUUCCUGUAGUUACAUAAUGUCCAGUGUAAUUUUCCUGUUCAGAAGUUAAUUUUCCUUGUCAUUUUUUAAAUUUGCAGGGAGAAUUUAGCAAGUGAUACCUAUUUAGGUAAGUUGAUUAGGGUAGUACCUUGUGUCCCCUUAUUUUCUUAAUGGGUCUUUAUAAAUUUACAACUUCUCAAUAUCCAAAAUUUCACACAUGUAAGGUCCACAAAAUUCAUUGCUUUAAUUUUUCUGACAUCACUUGCCAGCAAAAUUUGUAACGGUACACAAGUGACAGUGGUGUUUCAAAGAAAGUGAGUGACUGAAAAUUCCCCUAAUAUCAAAAACAUGUAUAGAAGUGGUGUCUCUGGAUAUUGUAAUCUUUUUAGCCAUACUGUCAAUUCCCUUUUAGAUGGACACCACAAAGGUUGUCAAAUUGUCAGAUAAAAUGACUGAAGGGUGAUCAAAGUAGAAAGAUAAAGAUGACAAUAUAAACUUUUUGUGGGAUGUUAAGACAAGAUAAGCGACUUUAUUUAACCAGGGUUACAGGUGACAGUAAUUAAAAUUACUGAUAAACAUGUGGCCCUCUAAAAAAAAUUAAAAAACACAAUGAAAUGAAAUAAAAACUAGUGAUAGGUACAGGUGAAUCUUCAUUUGCUAUGGCUGUUUCAAAAUUUAGUGAGGGUCCUUUGUGUGUCUGUUUCUGCUAUAAAGGGAUGUCCGUCAUAAAUAAGGGAACCUGACUGUAUUGUUCUACGAAUUGUAGAUAUAACAUUUCAAAGUGUUACAUACAUACAUACAUACAUACUUUAUUGACUUUCCCAAGGGGCUUUUCAAAGACAAUACAUGAUCCUAUUUACAAUUAAAAAUGUUUUAAAAUAUAUAUAAAAUUACAAUUCUUUAAGUAAUUUAGUACGUAAACGAGUUUUAAAAACAUCAAUCGAGUUACACAGUUUAAAGGAAUUGUCUAAGGAGUUCCAUAAGUUCACAGUUCUAUAGAAAAAUGUUCUCUGACCGGCAGCUGUUCUAAAAAAGGGGAUUUGUAAAAGCUGUGAAUUUCUGGUGCUACGUCGGCUAACCUCUGCUCGCUUUAUGAAUUUUGAUGUAAGGUCUUCAGGGGCUUGACCGGUCAUACAUUUAAAAGCUAUUGUAGCGUUCCGGUAAUAAAGCUGACUGGGAACUGAAAGCCAAUUUAGCUCCUUGCGAAUUGGUGUAACAUGGUCAAAUUUACGCCGCUAACAAUGCGGCAUGCUAAGUUCUGCACUGCCUGUAACUUGUUGACAUUACAUUUUGAGGUAUUUGACCAAACAUCGGAGCAAUAAAAUAACCUGCUAAAAACCAAGGAAUUAAUAAUCAUCAAAAGUGUACGUUUGUCGAAGACAUGCUUGACACGGUUUAUCUGGCCAAGGCGGGACAUGCACGAGGAAGCGGUUUUAAUUAUAUGUUCAUCGUAAGUUAAAUUAGAAUCCAAAGUCACACCAAGGUCUUUGGCGGUGUCUGUAGGGACAAUGUCCUUACCCAUAAAGGAAAGGUAACGAAAUUGGAAUUUUGCACGCAUCUGCCUGCUGCCAAAUAUCAUCAACUUGGUUUUGCCAGGGUUUAGUAACAAUUGAUUGUUGGAACACCAUUCCCCUAUUUUAAACAGGUCGUCUUCCAAAUCAGCAAUUGCAUCCAGGUUGGCUUUAAGCUCGAAGGAAGUGAUGAGUUUCGUAUCAUCUACAUAACUCUGGGUGCUGCAUUUCUAUGGGAUUUCCUGUGUUGUUCUUGAUAUUUUAUUUUGGAGUCUCCCCUUUAUUAAAAGGGUUAUGUGAGUUCAAGCAUUAUACAUUUUAUUAAUUUCAAUUUUUUUGUUUUUGUUUUUUUUUGCAGUUUCUCAGAUGGAUGGUGAUCAAUAUGUUCCCAUAUGGACCGUAGCAAAUUUUAAUCAGGCAUGUUACUGCUUUUUGCUGCAUGUCAGCCAUUUUCAUCCUUACAUUAUUGCCCUGCCCUUUUGUACUGUACAGUUUUCUUAAAAAUUUCUUGCCAACUUAAUCCAAAAUGACAGGAAGCACAAUAGUAAUACUAUGUAGAUAUCUUGCAGGUUAAAAAACUGACAAAGGAUCUUGACCUUGUAAAGAAUGUCAUGAGAGGUGAGUCUUGAUUGUCACUUUAUGAUUUUCCUCAUAAGAACACCUUCUUGAAGAAUUUGCAGCUAGUUAUGAUCCCAGGGCUCAAAGUAAUUUUCAGACAGUGGCAGGACACGAUGACUGGCCAAAGAAAUUUUCUCUCGGUCAAGCCUUGUUUCUGACUGGUACAAAUAUUGGAAAAAGGUUAUCCUGGUGUUAACUUAUUCUUUUUGAUUGGUGACAGUAAUUUAAUGUAUUUUUACAAAGAGACAAAAUCUAAGAUUUACAGAUGAGGAUUUGGCUGUUUGUGCGAGAAUGAGAGUAUGCAUGACCAGUCAGCAUGACCCACCACUAAAGGUUUUGGCUAGUCAAGUUGUCAUCCAGGUUGGACAUUGUCUGUUGACAGGCGGUUAUUUCAAGCCUUGGUCCUUGCUGUUCCUUGGUCAUUGUCCUUGACACUUAUGACCAGUACCAGCAGUCUCUUAACUAAGAGAGAUCAGAAAGAUAAUAUAAACCCACAAGCAUGGUUAUUUAUAACCCACUUUUUAACGUAUGUCAUGCAAACCUAGUCCCUUAAGAGGGAUUUCAACGUGGCUUCUAAACUUUCAAGAUGAAAUUUCUCUUAUAAUUUUAUUGAGUUUUGUUUUGUACAGAAUCUCCAAAUUUGCAAGUUGAUGAGUCAGGAGAAAAAGUUCGACCAAAUGUAAAAAGAUGUAUAGUUGUUCUGCGGGAGAUUCCUGAGUCAACUCCAGUGGAGGUAUGGUGUUCCAAAAUCCUUUUGUUACUAUUAAAUGUUCUGGUUAAACCAGGUACGGGAAACUUCCGCUUAUAAGCCUUGGACUAUAUGCAUCUUUGACAGGGGUUUUUGGAGGGUUUACAAAUGGAAGGGCUUAUAACCGGAGAGAAAAAGAACUUUGAAACAAGCUAUAGCAGAAGUGAUCAAAAUUGGUUUUACAUUUAUUUGUUUUUAAUUGAGCUUUAAAUUGUCAUAAUGGAUCAAAUUCAAGAAAAGAUCGAUAAGGGGUGGGGGGAUGCUUAUAAUGGGAUGUAUGGUGUUCAGGGCUGUCAUUAAAAUUUCAAGUUGCCGGGCUAAUGAUACAAGUAGGCGGGGAAUCCAACAGCUAGGGAUUUUGAUUUUGUUUAGUUCUGUUUUUCUUUGACAGUGGAACCCCGUUAAUAUGGUCACCAAUGGGUUAAAGAAAAUUUGGCCGUAUUAACGGGGUGGCUUCAAUAAUUUGCAAAUGUUGACUAGUUGAUGAGCCUAUAACCUUAAUUAUUUUAUUUUAGGAUGUUCAAGCCCUUUUUUCUGGUGAAAACUGCCCCAGCUGUACCAGAAUUGAUUUUGCACAUAACAACUACUGGUAUGUGCAGUUUGAUUCAGAGGAGGAUGCUCAAAAGGUAGGAAACUAUUGAGGCAAGAAAGUAAGUUUUAGUUAAGUAAUGGUCCAGAUAAGAAGGAAAGGACCAAAACACAAUGAGCACAUUGGAAUGCAAAAAGGUGCUAACUUUACUAUUGUCUCUACUGAGGUUCUUAUUGAUUUAAACAUCAAAUUUUACGAAAUCUUCGCAAAGCAGCAUGAAUAUUAAUCCCUUUUUUCCCAUCCAACUUCCUUAUAAUACAAUCUCGUCAGAGUCUAAGUAACACAGAAAUCCUUUGUGCAGAACUUGUAAAAUUGUAAACUUUUCUUGGCUGUUGGUUGCAACCUCUUAUGAUCGGUCGAAAUCUUUUAACACACACACAAAAAAACACCCUUAAAAGUGGAGUUUAAAUACAUUUAUUUCGUAAACUGCUCUUUUUGUAGGUUUAUGUAUUCUGUGCGUAAAAAUGAAAAUAUUUCUAUGUGAGGAAUUAAGAGCAUUGCACCAUAACAAAAGAAAUUGGUUCCCUUCUUACCUGGAUCAUUACUCAAAUUCCAGCAUAAGAGAAAUUAACCUAUAUAAUGUAACCAAUGUUUGUAAGAUUCACCCCACCAAGUCACAGGUAAUAGGUAAAAAAGGAUGCAAGUAUUGUCUAUUUUGCCCUUACAUUUCCAGUGUGAUGCCAUUUUUCAUUUAUCGCGCCGUAGGCAUGACGUUUAGCGGCCAAAAAAUAUCUGUGAUUUUAUUUGGUGGCCCACCAUUGCAAUGGAUGGAGGAUUCUGGAUGCACAGAAAAUUGACGUGGGGAAAUGAGGGAGAUAUGUUUGCUGGCUAUUCUUUCAGAGCCAAGUGAACAGAUUAUCAUAGAUUAAUUAUUUAAGAAUUAUUGUCUUGCUCUAUUAGGGGAAAAGGCAGCUAACCUCCUGGUACUCUAACCAGAGACACCAGCCAUGCCUAUAAGCAAUUGGGAGACGUGAUGUCGAAUGACACCAAUUUGUGAGCAUCACAUCAUGGAUCUUGACAGGAGUGGAAUGAUGGUGAUGGUGAUAAACUGACAAUGUGGUGAUCACUAAAUUGUUUUUCAAACUUGUCUUACAGGCAUACAGAUUCCUCCGCGAAGAAGUGAAGACCUUUAGAGGCAAACCUAUUAUGGUACAGUUAAUUUUUCUUUCAUGAUAUUAAUGUAACAGAAUGCUGAGGUAAAGUGAUAAAAUUUUUUUGUGCUAAGUAAUUUUCUAUAAAUACUUUCAAUCCAUAGUGGGUCCAAGAAUUGAACAUACAGCUACGUAUACUUAAGACAUUUUGGCAAAAAACAUGCUCACAGGAAAAUUGAAGCAGGGUAGGGUUGGAGAACAACAACCCACUCCCUUUCUUGUAGACGCAAGUGCAAAACUGGAAUGUCUAGUGCAAGGCCUUAAAGGUUGGGCAUCAGACCAUCUCAGCUAGCUUUUUGCAGCAUAGGAAGGUGGCCCAAGACGUUGUCUGAAGCCACAAAACCUUGUGACUGAAAUGAUUGAAGUAUAACAUUAUAUAGCAGGGGUUUCAAUAAGUUUUUGCAUAAGUGGGUACUUAAGAGUAACAGGCGGGUAUAUUUGCCAAAGGCCCCAAGGGCCUUCAACCCUAGGGGGGUCCAGGGGCAUGCUCCCCCGGAAAAUUUUGAAGUUCUAGACUCUCGCAGAUGCAUUUUCAGGUCUUUUUUUGUUGCUUUGUUUUUACAUUUUUUUGCUCCUAAGUCAACUAAUUUAAACAAAUUUGAAGAGAAUUAUUUUACAAUGAAGUAGUCGUAGUCAAAACCUGUUUUGCCAAAUUUUUGGGCAAGAAUUCGAAGCUGAGAUGAAAUUAUCUGGUCUUAGUUGACGUUCAUGUGAAGGCUCCAAGCGGGUAAUCAGCCCGUUGCAAGCGGGUAGAUCUACCCGCUACCCGGCUACUAUUGAAACCCCUGUAUAGGUUGUUUGUAGAAUGUGAUGAAUAAUGAUCAUUGUGUAUUUUUCCUUUCCUUUUAUGCAUUGCUUAUUGUUGAUCAAUCUCUUCUAGGCCCGAAUAAAAGCGAAACCAAUCCACCAAAGCAAUAAUUAUAACAUGCCAAAAAAUGGACUCAGACAAGUAAGUACAACUUUGUAAAAUACAGUGAAACCUUUAUUAGGCAGACAUCAAUGGGGCCUUCGCUGGAGGUGUCCGCUAAAUACUGGUUUGUUUUAUUUAAAGUAUGGGUAGAAACGUUUGAAACAUACUUUCCUAUUUGUCCGCUCAAUACAGGCUGUGCACUCAUUGUGAGGUCUUCUUAAUACAAGUUUCACUGUAUGUUGCCCCAUAACCCUAAUUUUACAUGCUUUUUUUCUUCGAAUCCUGUUUACUUUUCCAUACAGUAUUGAAACUAACAGGCAAUUAAAAAGUAGAACAGCUUAGACCUUUCAAGUUUGUUUUCAUUGACUAGUUCAUGAAACAAAAUGUUCUUCUUUUACAGCAACAAGUAACUGAACCACCAGCCACUUACAACCAGCAGCAUUUCCAGUUCCCUCCUCCUGCAGUUUUUAAUGGCCAGCAGGUAUGAGCAGUUGUUUCUUUCUCCCUGAUUAGGCUAAUGCAACACUUCAGCCAAAGGACUUGCAUUAAACUGAUGGAUUUUUCAAGUUUAUGCUUUUGAAUCAAGAGAUGUCACUUAAGGCCUUUCCUCACCUAUACCUUCAUUAUUUGAAGGGUUACUUGAGUUAAGCCUCGGUUGAUUUCUGUCAGCUGCUAGAUUUUCCAUCUAAUUUGUGUUAAGGUUCUUUUAUCUACGUAGGUUGAUUCUCGGUUUUCUUUGUCUCUGAGGGCUAAAAAUUAAGAGACAAAGGGAAUUGAAAAUAAACCUAGGUUAAGUCAGAAUUAACCUGAAAUCAAGUUUACCAUGUUACACGCAGACCUGUGACUCAAAGUGAGAAUUUGCUGUUAGAACAGGAGUCCCAAAUGGCCUAAUAGAUUAUACACUCCGUCAUGUUUGCGCAACUGUAAAACCCCCCCAAAAAAUUAGAAGGGUUUGUAUGGACUUUUCUGAGUAUAACUGGGCUACGAUCUCAGAGACAAUUUGCCCCCAAAUGCUCAUUUUUGGCAAGUAGGCCUCUUGGACAUUGUUCUUUCAGAAUAUCCUGACAAAUCCCAUAAUUUCAGAAAUUUCAUUUUUAUGACGUCAUCACUUUGGUACUCUAUUCUACUGCAUUCUUAAAAGAGUGUGAUGUUUUUUAUUUUCCCUCUGUUAGGCACUUCCUUUCUACCCUCCAGCAGCAAACAUGUUAGCUACAUGGCCUCCUGCCCAACCACUUUUUCAGGACCCUAACAUGGUAAGUUUUUUUUAACACUAAAAUAAUUUUGCAUAAGAAGGAGCAGAAACAAAAAGAAAUUGCUUGUAUGUAAGUUAUCAGGUUAGGCAUAAGUCUCCAGUUAACCCUUUAAGUCCCAAUUAUCCACAUACAAAUUCUCCAAACUGGUCUUCAUACAUUUCCUUAAAGAAUGAGUUAAGAGAAUUUGGUUUAAGAUCAAGCUAUUUUCUCUUUGGUGAUCAUUUUAUUAAUUCUCAUAACCUAAUCUCUUAACAAUGUAUGGAUAGUGUAGGAGAAUAUUGAUGUUGGACACCAUUGGGACUUCACAAUUAGUCCAGCCACCUUUUAAGAAUCCAGUCAGAAAUGUUGCCACUCAUUAGGUGGGCCAAUAUGACAAGGUGCACAAUGUUUUGUUGAUAAUAAAUGCGAGCCAUUUUUUGCUACCCCUGUUAAUCUGGGCUCAACAUUGCGACCCGUGGGGUUGCCAAUGCGACCAGCUUUUACUCAGUGGCAACCCAAUUUUCACGCCUGGUCGCCAACCUGGCCCCCAAGAUAGGUGACUUUCUUCUUUGGGAAAAUGUACACUAAUGAUAAUCCGUUAUCCUUCACAAAACUAAAUCCAUUAAUUCUUAAAUACAAUUUUUGGUGACCAGAAUACUUGUUCUGGUGACAAAAAAUGAAAACUUGGGGGCCAGCUGGCCCCAAGAUUUUUUUCUGAAAGUCGAGCACUGCUGUUAGUGCUUUGAAGUUAUUAUGAUUGAAAUUGCCUUUCAUUACCUAGGGCUGUCACUAAGAUUUCAAGUUGCCAGUUCUCUUUUUCUUCUACUUUUCCUUGAAAGUGGCAAGGGGGUGGGGUGGGGGGCAUGUCCCUAGUAGCUGAGGGAAAUUCCUGGCACCCGGCCCCUUAGUUGACAGCCCUGUAUUGCCUCUAACAAGAUUUUGAAGGUGUUACUUAGUGUAAGAAGCAUUGUGAUGUAUUUCCUUCUUCAUUGGUUUUUAGCCCUCAGCUUACCCUGAUGGUUUUACUCAUGGGCCACUGAAUCUUGUUGGUAGGUCUUACUUUUUCAUGUCAAAUAUAGUUCUUUUGCCAUUCCUGUACUUGGUACUACUCCAGCAGUCUUGUAACUGCUAAGUGUUAAUGUGACUUUUUGUCCACAUGCAAAUCCCAUAUACACAUUAAGGAUAAGGAUUGGGAGAUCUGCACUGAUGAUUGGGUUACCUGCAUCAAAAUUGAUGGGGUGCCUGGAAUUGGGCCCCAUGUGACCUCUGGACUUCUGAUAAAAUGCUAUAUUUUCCUUUCCAGUUUCCCUCUAUUUGUUUUGUUUUCAAGAUCAGGAAAGGGAGCUUUAAUUUGUCCACAAGCAAAUCAGAGAGGUGGGCAAAAUCUUGAACCCAAGGGCAUUCAGGGUUUUCAUCAUGCUUUAAUUUGUUCUUGUUGUGUUAAUUCUCAGACUCAAUAACCUAUGACUGUUUUUUACUCAGAUGUGGAACCUUUUUAAAACUUCUCCCGUAACAUUACACCUUUCUUUCUUGCUACAAGAAUUCUUAAUGAAAACAUCUUGAUGUAAGGGUUUUCAUCAGGCAUUGUAAUCGUUGUAGUGGAAACAGGAGUGACAGUUUAAACUUCAGCUUAUUUUCUGCUAUUUGUGUUUCAUGUUGUCCAAUUUGUUUGCCAUUGCUAACAUUAUGUGUUUACUUAUUUUUUUAAUCUCUCAGCCCCAGCCAAUACCGGACGCCACAAUUUCCAAGGAAAUAACAGACCAAGGUAUAAAAAAGGCUCAGUAAGAUGGCAAAUAAUCAUCAAUUCUAUAAACACAUUGUUUACUUUUUAAUCAUUGUUGUUGUAACCUAGCCUUCAUUUCAAGCUGUAACCAUGUUCCACGGCAAGUCAUAGAAAAUAUUUUGGCAAGGGUUUGUACAGUGUCUUGCAUUUUGGAAUAAGUCUUGAAACUUGAAAAGCAAUUUUCCUGACCUGGAAAAUUCUGGAAAUAAGAGAUAAAAAGUGGGAUUUUUUUCAGAGCCAUGACAAGGUGAAAUCCUAUUCAAUUUCUCCCAUAGCCAAGACUUUCAAACACUGAAUGAGAAUUUAGAAAUGUUUUAGGUCCUUAUUGCACUGUGGUACCUGUACAUUUGCAGAGCAUCAUAAAAAAGCUUGGGUCCUGCAUUUUUCAAGGUCUCUCUAUUGAUCACCUAUUUGAUAUUUUGGAGUCCAGAAAAAGAAAUUGUUGUUUUGGAAAAAAGUCUGGUAAAGCAAACUAAGACAAGCAUGUAACAGCCCAGGGCAAGCAGAAUUUAUUUUGACUUGGUUCAAAGCCUGAAUUGGAUGCCCUGGCUACCCUGCUUAAUUUAAAUUAUUAUUUUUUUCAUUCUUAUUAUUUUGUCUAUAGACCUCAUACUUAUCCAAUUAUUUAAUUACAGGUUUCAAAAUAAUCACCCUAAACAUCACCGCGAUCAGCAAAAUGACAGAAUAGACAGAGACAUGCAGCGAAACCGGUCACAGAACUCUCCUGUAAAUAACAGCAGUAAUGGGGGUGCUGUUAACAACAUUAAUAAUAGAGCCGCUGGAUUCUCCAGACAAAGGGACACAAGAGAUGAUGACUAUGCAAGGUUUGAGUUUUGCAUGAAUUGUCACAUUCAUCAUAAUGUAUUGUUGGGUCUUGUUGAACUAGGAUGUUACUGUUUGUUUUGCCUUGAAAUCAAAAUAACUCCCCUUCCCAAGGCUGUCACUAAGAUCCGGGAGCUGGGAUUUUUCCAGGCUACUUUUAUAGGAAACAAAAGGAACUACAAAUGAAAGAGCUAUAAUUUUAGCUGUUUAAUUCCAUGCCGUAAUGAUUACAUGUACCCAGCAACUGGAGAUGUUACUGACAGUCCCCUGACUCCCACUCCCAGCAAAGGAAUUAAGGGGUAAAAUUCUUUUUACCCAUAGUCUUGUGACCAUGUCAUAAAUAUAGCUUGUAAAGUAUCAGUUCCAGGCAAAAGGCCCAAUAAUAUUAAUGUGUUGCCUUUGAUGUACACGUAGAGCUGAAAGAAAAGCAAGUGAAGAGUGGAUAAUUACUUGCACUCAGAAGUGAAAAGAGGAAUCAUCAAGGGAUAACUUUAUUCAAUACAAAACCUGAGCACAUAGGUUUAGACAGUAGAUUUUAUUAUUACACUUCAUGUGCUUAUUGAAAGCUCUGGUAAUAUAAAUUUUAGUCUUUGGCUCUUCGCCAGUGUUUUUUCACAUAAGCUCCCCCUUUUUUUGAAUCCCACAGGCAACUUGUAAAAUCACUGUUUUCCUAUCUAAUGGUUGUGUUUUUCAAUUGUUUCAGGAGAAAUGCAAGGAGUAGAAGAAGAAGGGGUAGUAGUGAAGACGUCAGCAAGCAUUUGGUAUGUUUCCAAUUUUUUAAAAUUGCUUUAGUGCAUGAUAUCAAACAACUUCAUUUCCCACUGAAUUCAUCUGGAAGCUGAAGGAAAGAAGGGUUUUUAAGUAACCCAAAGAAUUUUGGCUAUAUUCUAGGUGUUAGACUGUCUGAGUAAAUAAUUAAAAGUGAGUGGAUGAAUAAUGAUAAUACUUUUUGGGUAGUUUUUGUUAGUGCUUCAAAUAACCCUGACUGUCGCAAUGUCUUUUGUUCUAUAAACAACCUGUUUCAGAAGCCUGCUUCCUUUUGAAUAAGAUUUUGGCUCGAAGGAUUACUUAAUCACUGUUAAAGAAGCUACUUACACCAGUCAUGUAGUUAGUUGUGUAGGAUGCAAAUUAUUAAGCUGGAAAUUUUGAGUUUUCGGCUCUGCUAGAGCAUUGUUCACGGUGGAAACAGACUGAUCAGGCCACAAGUCUACUGUGAACAAGACCAUUAGCAAUGUGUCUUGUUUUGGAUUAUUUAACGUUGCAGCGCCAAAAAGAAGGCAAGGCAAGCCCAGUGCGACAUAGUAAAGAUGACAGUGAUACAAUAGACUUGGCUCCUUCACAUUUUCCUCCUCUUCCAACAUCUCCACUUGCACUCUUUGUAAGUAUAUAUUCCUCCUCUUAUUAUACCUUUAAGCCUAACAUCAGUCGAUGUCUAUAUCAUUACACACAUCCAUACAUACAGAUUUUACAAUCAUAGCCACAUAGAGAUUCGAAAGUUCUUUUUGAGUGUUGAAAAAUAUUUCAUGAGUGAGUACAGCGAACAAGUAAAAUAUUUUUCAAUGUGAACAGAAAUUUGUGAGCUAGCGAGAUAGAUAUACUGCAUGUAACUCCCCACAAGUUUCCUGUGAAAGGGUCACUAAAACAGACAAUUCUGUAAAAUGUGAAGUGAUUUGAAAAAGGCAAGUUUUUACCCAAUCGAAUUUUAAGGCUAAUAAUAAUUGGUCUAAGGCAAAGUUCAAAAAAAUGUUAAAUUUAAUCCUCAGAAUUAAGUAGGACUCUGCUUUCAUUUGAGUAGUGAUAUCAUAGAAUUUUAUCCACAGAUUAAAAAGAUAUUUUGACAAUUUUUUUAUGUUUAUUUUUUUAACCUUGUUUGGAAGUGAAAACGUUAAUUACCUGCAUUUCUGGGCAUGAUUGCUCUUGUUGGGACCUAGUUCACUUAUCUCUGCAGCUACAUACGGGAAAUACUAGCAGUUAGUAUUUUGUUAUGUCUGUGCAGCUUAGCAAAGAAAAGCGGUUAACUGGUUUAAAUUUAUGACAAUGUUUCAGUGAACACAAUUAACCAUUAUGGUGUACUGUUGAGUGAGUUGUUUCAAAAGCAUCAAAUCUCUAUGUUUUGUUUUGUUCUCAGAAAACUCAGGGUUCCAAAGAAUUUCCAGACGCUAAGGUAAUCUAAAUGAGAGCUUUACUUGAAUAGUGAAAUGUGACACACUAGGGAAGGACAUUAAUUAAUGACAGAAUGAAUUGGACAUUUGCUUUGCAAAACGAGUACCAGAUGUAACAGUUCCCACGAAUGCUUUUGCUUUUCUAUGACUGUAAUGGGUAUAACAGAAAAUGGACUUAAUAUCAGACCUAAAAAAUGAGAUCUAUCUAUUGACUAAGUUUGACUGGACCUCAUGAAGAAUUCAGCUUUUCAUUUAGAUUUUUGUAAGGAAGCUCGAAAUUUAUUUAACAGUAAUCAUUUCUCCAAUUAUUGACUCAAUGAAAUGUUACUUGGUAAAAUUUGUCAGGCGUAACUCACUCAUGGGCUUCUGUUGUUGAUAGUUUCCUGUUACACAUUUUUUUUGCUGGUUUAAAAGUGGUCCUUGUUUAAUUUCAGGAACCUUCAUCACCACAGGACAAGAAAGUAAACACAGUUCCAAACUCUUUUGAGUAAGUAAUCAGAACUCUACUGUAGUCUUUUAUCAGCUUUUAUUGUUGUGUAGCUGCUGUGUAGCUGUUAUGGUAUGGCAUAUUGUGUUUAACCCUUUACACCCUAAGAUCAAAAUUUGAAUUCUCAUUUGGUGCCCCUAUUCCUUUCUUACAGAAGUAGUGGGGGGAAGUUGAUAAAAUAUCAAGCAAAUUCAUCUUGUGUGAUAUGUCCAUAAUUCUGGUGACCACUCUGUUUUACAAAGCAUUGAUAUUACAAGGAGAAAGUGGAUGCUGAUCUCUCUUAGAGCUUAAAGGGCUAAUACUGAGGGAAGUCACCAUUGUGAAGAUCUUCUUAUCUCUGUGACUUCCAAAAAAGCCCAGACAUAAAAAUUCAAGAUUAUUUUAGGAAUGGGGGUGGGGGUUACUUUUUUACAAUGGUUUGGUUGCCUUGGAAGGGAUUUUGUAUUUGAAAACAGUGGGCUAAAUUAGGUGAUCGUCGUGCUUUGCCUUCAGAUGAAACUCGAUCCUUUUCAUGCAAGGAAUAUGGUUCAUAACAUUGACUGCAUUAUUUUUUACAGUCAUAGAGUGAACACAGAAGUCAAACAGAAGGAACCACCUUCUCCUGUGAAAGUUGAAAACAAGAAAGUGCCAGAAACAAAGCCCAUUCCCCAGUCUACAGUGAGUAACUUGCCCUACAGUGCAAACUGUGGUCAUCACCUUCUUCUAAAAUAAAUAAAUAAAUGAAUGAAUAAAAUAAAUAAAUAAGGAUUUAAAGGUAGCAAAUCCACUGAAUGGACCUUUGUCAACCUUAUUCAAGGCCCUGUGAGGGUAAAAUUCUGGCAAGCGACAUGGUUUUGAAACAGCGACAUAAGAAAGCAGAAGUGGUGACAAACGGCACAAAGAAGGGUUGAAACUGCGACGGCCACAGAGAAAAGUGCAAAUACAAUAGUAAAAUACAAACAUCAACAUGGCUUCCUCCUUAACCCUUUAAGUCCCAAUAUCCACAUACAAAUUCUCCAAACUGAUCUCGAUAUAUUUCCUUAAAGAAUGAGUUGAGAGAAUUUGAUAAAAGAUCAAAGCAUUUUCCCUUAGGUGAUCAUUUUAUUAAUUCUCAUAACCUAAUCUCUGGACAAUGUAUGGAUAUUGUUAGGAGAAAGUUGAUGUUGGUCACUAUUGGGACUUAAAGGGUUAAUACAUGAAACGACAGGUUUUGAAAUUCAGACAAGAGGCACACGUAACCCCCCUAAGAGGGUCUCUGAUUCAUGGUGGAACUAGAAUUUGGAAAUGUUGGCUUUUGAGGAGAGGGCAAAACCAGAGUGCUGAGAGAAAAACCUUUUGGAGCAAAGGAGAGAACCAUCAACAAACUCAACCCUUGUAUCUCGGAUCAUUUUACGUUUCUGCAGGGAAACUGCCCACCUACCCCUCCCCUAAACCAACAUUAACACUUGAGCGCGCUAUCACUAAGGUGAAACCACAUGUGAAUGGUCCUUUCAUUACUGUGGUUGUUCCUUUGUUCCUUAAGAGUACCAUUGGGGCUGCAGUCAGUAAACUUAUGUAAACCAAGAGACUAAGCAAUUGAAGUAAGUAGGCUGGCACUUGCAAAUAUUACCAUUUUCUGAAAUUAUAUUUUGGUGGUUGCUUUAUUGCAGGAAGAUGUAGCGCAAUCGACAACGGUGUUAAGUUAUGCUCAAGUAACCCAGAAAACCCCUACAAAGCAAACUGCUGUUUCCUCAGCUAACUCAAAUAACAACCAAUCCAAGUCGCCCACCAAGUGAAUGCCGUGUGAGUAACCAAUAUGAAAAGUGCUUGUUUGUUUAGUUGAAACUGCUAUGUGUAGAAUGGAGUCUGACAGAACUUUAAAUGGAUAAUGUUAUGUGUAAAGCAAGAUUGGUAAAUCAUCUACAAUGGCUCUGCAAUACUUCAACAGCUGUGAAUGAUGCUGCAGCCCUUUUGUAGAUGCAAACGUUUUACAUUUUUCAGUAUUCGCAACUUAAACAGGAGCCAAGACUUGGCAGAACAUGCGCUUGAGUUUCAUUCAACAGUCAUGCAGAACACCGAUUGUUGAUGACAAUGUCUGCAAAAGACUCCAUCACAAAAGAAUACCUAAGAAAAGAAAAUAUAAAACUGGAAAAACAGAAUGAACAAGAUGUCAGCACGAAGAGAAAAUGCAUAAAAGAGAUAACUGGAUGAAGUGUUAAGGAUACAAGUUUAAAUACAAGGCAACCAACUUGUAUAUAAGUAAUAUUAUGAAGAUGACUUGCAUUAUUUCAUGAUGUAGAUAUUUUUUAAAUAUCUGGACCUGUAUAAUACUCGUUCACGUUGCUAAUUGUACUUAACAUUACUGACUGUUCAGUGGAUACUGAGAAAACACCUGUGGAUAUUGUGUGGUGUUCACAGGAAAGAGGUCUGAAGUUAAAGUUUACCACAAAUUGCAUCAACGGAAAGUUGUUGUAAAUGAUCUUGCAAAGGUGCUGGUCUACCAAGCACAAGAACAGUAAUUAUCAUGAUCUUGGGCAAAGCAAGUCACAAACAGCCUAUUUUGGCAAUAGUUAUUGGCUAAAAUAAUGCAGUUGUUGCAGAGAUGUUAUAAAAAAAGGAUAACAAAAAGUAUUUUAUUGAUCUCCAGCCAACAUUUUCCAAGAGAGUUCUGAAAGGGAUAUCGUUCCUUUCUGGCUGGUGUAUUACAUGGCCAAGAACAAAUUUCAAACCUGCUUUUGAUGGCCCAAAUCACCUCCAAGAAAAAACACUCAAAACUUAAUGCCGCCAAAAUUUAUGACCAACAAUAUUUAUUAUCUCAAACCUCCUCACUUAUAAGUCAGUAUCAGAAUACCUUUAUUUCCUGAUCCAUUCAGUUCUUUUUUAGGAUCUAAAAAUGAUAAAAAAAGGAAGAAAAGAAACUCCAAACAUUGCCCCAUAUAAUUACAGGACGUUAUUGUCAGGGUCUCAUUCUCUUCAACCAAGUGACUGUCUGUCGCAUGUUAACUGGUGAUAGGUCCAGACCCCCAUUUCAGUUUAGUAGGAUGAAAUCCAGGGACCAGUUGUCCAAAGGCCGAUUAGUGCUAACCGGGGGUAAAGUAUUUAUCCCAGUUACUUUUUCUUUUGUUCAAAAACAUUAUAUUGAUUAAUUUUUUCUGAUUUUUAUAAUGCAUGCAAUCAUCAAAUUGUAGACAACAACAAAAAAAACUGAAUUGGUUUUUUACACUUUCAUAUCUGAAUUCAAAUUUCCCACAAAACCUGAGCUUUGCACAACCCAUCCCUGAACCGUAUACCAAUUUUUAGACUAAACUAUUGAACAGCACUCUGCGAACUGUAGCUGUUAAACUUGUUCAUUUUUUUUUAUGUGUUUCAUCUAACAAAUGUAGACUUCUUCAGGGAGUUUUAUGAUAAAAAAAUAAACGUAUAUUGAAGCCAUAUCUGGUAGCAUUAAUGGUUUGGCUGGAUCUGCGAAAUAGAACAGGUGCAGGUGUGAAUAUUUACUGUAUUUUAAUGGUCAUCAGAUAUAGCUUGAAUACAGGCAUUCAGUGUUUGAUUUUAAAACUCUCUGAAGAAGUCUAUGGGUACGUAACAUUUACCUGUGUCAUUCGGGCCAUUCUGUUUGGGCAGAUUCGGAAAACGUGGUCCGUGAUUUGAGGGUAUGCAAUUUUUCUACUCGUUUUAGUUUGUUCAGCUGAUUUGGACGUACAUUGCGGGUUGUUCUCCCACCCUGUCAAAUUUUCAAGUUUUGUGUUUAUAAAUAAGAUUUCCACCCAGGUGGUUUGUGUUAGUGGUAAGCACCCUAUGUUAGCCCCAGGAAGUACAGUCAAACCUGCAUGUGCGACCACCUCCCAUAAGCGACAGCCAAUCCAGACAAAGACGAAGCUUUACGGUUGGAGCCUCUUGUAAACGACCACCCCCUGUAAGCGACUGCGGCCACUUUUUGGGCCUGAAAGUUUGGUGAUUUUCCAUUGUUCUUAACCUCUUGUAAGCGACCACUUGACACAUUCUCAGACCUUUAUGUUCGCUGUGUGCACCAUGCUACUUGGAAUAUACAUGUACUUUAGUAACAACCUGAAAUUACACAUAACUUAGAAAUUGCAUGCAACAAAUUAUCUUCCAUAAAGUAGAUGUGCCCAGACCUCUUUUCAGAAAAGACCCCCUGUGGUUCCACUUUUGUAAGCGACCACUAAGUCUUUGCAUUAAUUUAUUGGGUGGUUGCUUACAGGAGGUUCGACUGUACAUCAGAAGAUCAAAAGUUUUAAAGCUGCUGUUCGCCCAGUGCUGCUCACUAGUUUUAGUUCUAAAAAUUGUUUAACAGGGUUUCUAGUCAGGGAUAUUUUGCCUUGGCCUGUUUGCUGUUAACCUGGCAUCACCAAAAUUAAUGUGAUCUAAAAGCAUAGAAUUUUAAAUUGAAAUAGCCAUUGAAUGGCAGUUGAUUUGUGAUUCACCAUUCACAAAUUCGGUUUUGCUAUUGCAAACUUGGUGCACUAAUUUGCAAAGAUAUAAAAGAAGUCAGAGUUGCAGUCAUAAAGUACAACCAGUCAUUAUGAAUUUGCUGUUUUAGGACCCAGGGUACACUGCUGGAACAUGUGUACAGUUUAUAGAGUGGAGAUCCUUACACCAUUAUGUGGUGCCGAAUGUUAUUGAUAUUCAUCUUCAUAUUGAAGCAGCUUAGUUUCUUGAAAUUGAAGUUUAGAAUCUUAUUUUUGUAGUAUGAAUCCCACUUUCUGAUUCUCUAUUUCUUAGGCUUAAAAGCAACUUUUUGUUGGCCAGUGAUCAUGCUAUAACAAAUCAUUUGUAACUCCAAAAAAGGCCUGCUGCUUCGCCACUCCAUCUAUAUUGGCCAGUGAUUGAACGAGAUAAAUUGCAUGGAUGGUUUUUACAUAAACUAUUAAUACUACCCAAUAAUUGGAAAACCUAUCUGGUAAGAAUAGUGCUCUGAUACCCUGUUCCUACUGGCCAAUAAAUGGGCAACAUUAAUAGACAUCGUAAACAGUACAUUCCAAAUGGCACGUUGUUUUUCAAGGCAUCAGAAACUAUUAAUUCUAUCAUUUUUUGAAGCUUGUUUUGACAGGUGUUGAUUCACAAAUUACACACAAACCACCCUGCAUUCUUACAUACAUACCAGUAUGUUUAUUAUUUGUUGGUUGGCUAUUAGUUUUAGCUAGUUACAUUUAUGCAUUGUUUUCAUUUUGUAAAAAGGUGAAUCCAAAUUAAGUAACUUAUAUUAUUAAUAAUUUAGCCUAUUUGUUAAUUGAAGUUUACUGUUGGUGGUAUAACGUACAUCAGUAAUUAUUGUAUUGAAUGAAGCAGAUGUAACAUAUACUAGUUUAGCUAUUUUAUUCCACUUUUGUCGCAGUUGUCUGAAAGCCGUUCGAGGCUUCCUCUUGAGUGUUUUCCCCAGUCUUGGCUAAAACUGGAAGACAAUUAUAAUUUUGAGGGUUUUUUUUUUCUUUAAAUCACUUUUUAAUGAGAUAUCUAUCACUCGUCACUAAUCUGCUUCAGUAGUUGUGAGUUAUCUCUUUGAAGCAUAAAACAGAGAUUCCUAUAGUGAGAACAUUGAUGACGUACACAAGUCAGUUGAGAUUGGGUUGUCUGUGCUAGGAACUGAAAUAUGCAUGUCAGUUCGUUUUUUUGACUGGGUGUGCUGUGCGUAUUGCAAAUCUCUGAGGUUUGCUGGCCACGAGUGUUCGUUUGUUUUGUUUGGUUUUGUUUCUGCAUUCUUGCGAGUUGCCUCAAUUCAUAGGGUCUUCUUUCCUUAAAAUUGACGUCGCCCCACUAAGAAGUUUCCUAAGGACCGUUAGGGGAGCUGGGUCUCUUCGUCUUAGUUAGUUCCUGAUUCUUUUCGUCAACUACGAGCUUCAAAUUUCACACUGGCAGAACAAAAUCUUUUGUAGCCAAAAUCACGACCGCGUAUCGCUUAAAGAAGAUCCCCAAACGUCAUAAAUCAACCUUUCCAUAAAAAUUGAGAUAAAAGCGUCCACUUGGGUUACUACUAUGCGAGGUAUUUGUACUAGACAAUGUCAUUCUGAUAGUCAAACUUAGACUGCAUUCAAUUUUUACCGUGCGAGCAUAAGUUUCCGGGAACAAAAAAUCUUUUUCUCGUCUAACUGUUACCACGUAGGCCAGGUUAAACACAAUGUCAGCCCGACCUCACCUAUGCCCUCUCUAGUCAUCACUGGUUUCUUUCUGUAGUUAUCUUAUGUAAGGGUUACUGGAAACUACUUAAGCUUAUUUAAUCAGAAUAAAGUGUAACUUUAGAAUUAACUGAUUAAGGGACAGAUUUAUCAUUGAAAUUGGGCAAGUAAUCACGCUAUUUUUGACAAAUGUUAUCUAUAUGAUUAUAUAAAACGAGAGUUCUGCUAUGGCAGUAUUGAGGCCAGAGCUGCACGGCUUUGAACUUUAGGUAGGUGCAAUUUGACGUUACGUUCGAGUUUGAAGGGUCAAAAGCCUGCCUUCCGAUAAAACCGUGCCUUAGUUUUUUGUUAUAGUUUGACAACAAAACUCGUGUUUUAAAUAGGUCCUCAGCUGUUGCAAACAUUAUUGGCCGGUGUGCGUAGCUUGGUCCAAGCGUGACCAUAUUUGGGAGGGGCUGUAUUGGUUUUGAACGCGGCCGUGGUAGAGGCACCAUUUUGUAAGAUAUCGUGAUAUGGCCCCUUUAAAUUGUAAAUUCCUGAUACUUUACUACAGCUCUUAAAGCACCAAAGAGGUGUGAAAAUUAAUUUAUAGCUCUGUGCGUUAAAAAACUUUACUGUCUGGAGGACAAAACUUCCUGCGUGUUAUCUUGAGUAUUUGCCGUCAUCAUUUUCUGCUCUUGCAUUCCCGGUAAAUUUGUUGAGCAGUUUUCUCGUGUUUUGCAAAAACGAACUCGCUUAUUUAGCCAAUCACAGCAGACGCAGGGAUCAGAACACGAAAAAGUACUUCUAGCCGACGCCAAGCGCGGGAAAACGCUUGUGAGAAAGUCAUGAUCGCUGUUGCGUUUGUUGAUUGGUUGAAUGGACACGAGGUUUAUUACCCAAUCACAUAGCCUGUGUGUAGUGGCAGCCGCAUCUCCGUUUUCUGAUUUUUUUUUCCGGAGGGUAGGGGGCGGCUGAACACCUGCUUUUAGUCGCAAAACGACUGAAAUGAUGCUGUCACACAUGGACAGCAAUAUCAACGCUUACACUACUACAGGAGAAAUUUCUGCAAUUUGUUUGGCUUAGAGCAGUGGUAUUUCAGCUUAAUUUGA